AUGUGUACGGUGCACGACCCUCAUCAAGGGUCCAUCUUUCUCCUGCAUCAAGACGAUGUAAGUUGCCUUGCGACCGCCGAACAACUCCUGAUCAUCUUGAAUAUCCUCGAAGCGUCCUUCGCCCCUGACGUCCAUCGCGCUCGAGGGGAUGCGCGGAUUCAGACGUAUGCAUCGGCAUCGACGAUAAUCAUGUCGCUUCUCGUCGAUCCGGACCAUCUCAUCCACUCCUUGCGGCUGGCGUACUUGAAGCGUAUAGACGACCACUAUGGUCCCAGGAUCAUCACCUUCCCUUCCGUCUCUGCUGGCAAGCAGGACGCUUCAACGUUAUCGGCGAAUCCGCCAAAUGUUUCGCAGUCACUAUCAACCUCGUCUUCAUCCACUUCCUUCUUCGCAUCGUCCUCCACCGCUGCGCGCAGAGAUGAUGCUCCAAGCCGCGCCUCGGCAUCGCUGUCCUAUCACAACCCCUUCGGCCCAGACUCACACGUCGUAGUCGCCGGGCUCACAGAUCCUUCGCGCCAUCCGGAGCUUGCUACCGUCUAUUCUCCAGUGCCAACAGCCGCAGGUCCUGGCUUGUUUGGAGGAUCCAGUGACAAGAUCGACAGAGGUCGAGAAAGGAAUGCGGACGCGCUGGAUGGCGGAGCCGAUGCCACCGAUGGUGGCCACAGACCUGGCGGCUUGUCGUACACGCAGACCAUCUAUGGACCUGGUCGGAGCGGCGCUUUGGGCAUGAGGGUCAAUGGCCGCAGAGCGAGCAAGCGGGUCAGUAUCAGCACGAAUCGGUCUCCCGCACCGCCAGCUGUCGAGAAGAACGACAAAUCGGAGGGGCUGCAGGAACCAACAACAGCCGAACAGACCACUGCGUCGCCGGACAAGGUAUCGGCAGGCAAGACAGUCAUUCAAACAGCUGGGAAUAGUCUGUCGCGUCCACCAGGCGAGGCGAAGCACGAGACAGAGUUGGAACUGCGCGCUGAUUUCGCCAACGUAGAGACCGGAACGGUCAUGGGAAAACGUGUCAACUUUGCCCUGCCAGACAAUCCUUCCGGUGCGGGUCGUGCGUCUCUCGACGCAGAACCAACUUCUGAAGAUCAAUCGCUCUCGCCUCGUCCUCAAGGCGCAGCUGCAGGGCGUCACGGCUCGCUGUAUGCGGACAGCUCGACUGAGUCCAACACCGCAUUGUCCAGUCUCGGCUCGGCCGGUUCCUUACCGGACGGCAGCUUGGGUUUGACCACGAUCAAUUCCGCCAUCACAGGAGGCCUUCAUUCACCACGCUCCUCAGCAAGUCAAGGCAGAGACGAUAUUCUCACCGCUCGCUCCUCUCCCGUCACGUCUCGCCCGGUUGUACCACCGCGCAACGACAUUCCUUCGCUUUCCGCACCACCAAAGAUGGUCGUAUCGGCAACCGAUGACAGCGAUGAGAACAGCGACAUCAACAAGGCGACACACGCUCGCAGCAGUCGGACAAAGCGACGGAACAGUCGGCGGAUGAGUCAUCCUCACGAUGCACGCUUCGUGGGGCAGUCCGACUACUUCUCGUCGAUCCGCGUAAGCCGAAGUCAGCUGGAGGCACGGCAUGCCAAUCGACCCAAAGGUUCCAUACUCAGCUCGAUGCUCCAGAAGCAAAAUUCUGGACCCGAGAACCCUUUCGCUGCCUUCUAUGCUGGCAUUGCUGGCCGUGCAGCAACCGUGCCCAGCAUGACGGUGGAGAUCUACUUUCCCUGGGCCGAGAGUAGGCAGCCAUCGCCAUCAUCACCACCGACGAGCGGAGCCAUUUCGGUGCAUCCAAAGACAAAGAGCAUGAAGCUCAACAUUCGUAAAGACGCUACCAUGGAGGAGGUCAUCGGCUACGGUCUCUACUGCUACGUCGAGGAAAAGUGGAAGCCCGAGUUGGAUCCUAUGGAAUCCACGAGCUCCGAUAGCGAGUGCGAGGCCAAGACGACGACGAUCGGAUGGACUUUGAUGAUCGUCGAGGAUGGCGAAGUGGACGACGAUUUCCCUGCCAUCGAUCAGAGCCUCUUGCUUGGCAAGUUUGGAGGCGACGAGUUCGCAAUCUGCGAAGCUACGCCGAAUCAGAUUCGACAGCAUCGCGAUACGUACACCAGCAUUGCAAGGAGGACGGUGCGCGCACCGACUACAUCCAAGACGGUCGGCAACAAGACUGGCGGCGGUGCCGGCGAGUCAAUUGCCGCUGGGCCUGGCACGGUCGACGCAACGCAGAGCACGUUGGUCGGCGGAGCAAAGAGCGGAGCGGCGGCUAUCUCGGGCAAUCCUGCUCUGGCGAGUCGCCUAGGCGUACCUGGGGCGGGUGCGCAAGUGACACCAGGCUCUCUGGUCAACAUUCAGGGCACCCCGAUCUUUGCCUCGGGCGCCCUGUCACGCAGCGCUCUGGGAUCGUCUUCGCAGUCGAUUUUCCUUCGCGUGCUGGUGACGCCGAACACAGAGGUGCGCUACAAGACGACGCUACAGGUGCCUUCCGACAUGUACCUGGCAGAUGUGCUCGAGAUGAUAUGUCGCAAGCGACACUUGUCGAAUGUGGACGACUGGGCGCUCAUCGUGCCGGACAAGAGCAUUGUCGUACCGCUCGACCGGACAGUCGAGUCUCUGCAGGGAAAUCACGAUCUCGCCCUCGUCCGCCGGUCAAGCCUAGGGGCUUUGGGAGGCACCGGUGCUCUCAGCAGCUCAUCCACUAACCCCAACGCAUCGAUCUUCAAACGCUACUCGGCCGACACCAACGCGGCCUCCGGUCAGCCCAAGUAUACGAAAACACUCGACAUUGCAGCAGCGUACAAGUCGUACACAGUGUAUCGCAAAUCGCCCAUGUUUGGCGGACGACACAACGAGCGCAGCCUUACGCUCGAUGGAGACUGGAUCCACAUCAUGCCUACGGACAUGAAGACGUUUGGCAAAGCGGCUUCGUUCCACGUAUCGAGCGUGGUAGCGUGCAAGCUGUCGAGCAAGCUGGUCAACGGAUUCAAGCUGGUCGUUUGGAGAGAGAGUCCGAGGGACACCAAGAGGUACGAUUUCGAAGCCGAUUCGGCUAGGAUUGCAGCGGAGAUUGUGAGGGAGAUCAACUUGUUGAGGAGUCAGAAUUCUUGA